CCGUUGAAAUCAAACACAAAUCCCAGUCUGACUUUGCAACAAUCCCACAAAGGCACAAACAUCUCAGAAAACCCAAAAAUCCUCAAGAUCAAGAUCAAGAUCUCCAUUGAUACAGAUAUUGAAAAAGCAGAGAACUUCAACAAUGGGUCUCUUCACAUACACCAUGGCAGGCGGUGGAUUCAUCCUGAUGGGUACAUGGGAAGCCCUUAUCUCCACAAACCCAAAUCACAAUUCUAUCCAAUCUUCACCUCUCUCAACAAUUCACCCACCACAACAAGCUUCGUCGUCGAAAACCAAAACAAACCCAUCUUCCUCUUCUUCUUUAACCUUCGUUUUCUUCUCUGUCCUCUCUUCCUUGUUCCUCCUAAACUCCUUGGUCUCCUUCUUUGACGCCCUCAAUUCCAAUGACAAAACGGGCUCGGCGCUCCAACUACAAGUGCUCGCUAUUGCCUCGCUCUUCUUGCUCUAUUCCCUUACGGGUUUCGUGGUAAAUUUCAAGAAUUUCAUUCCUAUGCCUUGUUCUUUUCUUAGUUUGAUUGGUCUUUUCGCUUUCGUGGAAGAGUUUUUGUUGUUUUACUUGCAGAGAAAAGACCCAAGUGGGAUUGAAAAUCAGUAUUAUGAUUUGUUGCUUGUACCUAUAGCUGUUUGUUUAUUUGCCACAAUGAUGGAAGUGAAAUCCCCAAAAUCGAAUUACCCAAAAAUGGCUCGUGGGGUUGGGUUAAUUCUACAGGGGACAUGGUUUGUGCAAAUGGGUAUUUCUUUUUACACCAAUUUUAUUGCUCAUGGAUGUGCUUUGCAUGAAAAGAGUAGAGGGAAUUAUACGAUUAGGUGUAAGGGACACCCUGAGUAUCACCGGGCAAGAGCGGUCGCCACGCUACAGUUUAAUUGUCAUCUCGCACUUAUGGUGAUUUUGGUCGUGGCGAUUUACUCGGUUUUUGUCAGGAAGUAUGGAGUUCCCGGUGAUUUUAUUCAGUAUAGGCCGCUCAGCGCAGAAAUGCAGCAAAUUGAGAAUGCACAAUUCACUUUGGAUUCUGAUGAUGAUGUUGGUGAAGAGAUUAAGGAAGUGGAGAAUAUGGGAAAGCAGAAUGUGGGUAUGUUGGAAUUGGGUGUGAAUGGUCAUGGAUCUCAUUAGUGAGGUAAAAAAUCUAGUCGAAUUUUGAGCUGGUGAAUGUAAUGUUUCACUUUAUUAUUUUUAUUUUUUGUGAUUGUUGUGAAGAAUGUGGUUCACUUCGUGUACAUGAAUUGAGAUAGCGUUUUAACUGGAUUUCAGUUUUGUAGAUUUUGUUCUAGAUUUCUAGUUAUAUGUUAUACAUCGUGUGCUUCAGUUUGAUAUUGUAAUGAAACUCCAAACUUCAUUCCUUUUCUCAUUUUAUGUGAUUUUGAUACUGAUAUUGAGUGGUC